ACUCUUCCGGAAGAAUCUUCCGGAAUAUUUACAUCCAGGAAAAGAAUCUUCUGGAAGAUAGACGUGGUGAGGUUUACGAACACGAACAAAUCUUCCGGAAGUCUCGCCUAGCAUCUCUCGAAAAUGCCCGACAGAGGCCGAACAGAGCUGACGGUCCGACGGAGGGCGCACUCUUCCGCCAAACGCAAGCGGUCUUCCUCAUCCUCCUCAUCCUCCUCAUCCUCAUCAUCGUCGUCAUCGUCGUCAUCGUCGUCGUCAUCAUCGUCAUCAUCGUCGAAGGACAGAAAGUCGCGCAAGAGGCGGAAGGACUCCAAGGGGGCUGCCGCCUCCGGCGAGGGGAAGCGGAAAGUCGAGGGGAGACGGAGGAAGGAGGCGGCGGAGGAGGAGGAGGAGGAGAGACGGAAGAAGAAGAAGAGGAGGAAGAGGAGGAAGCUCAAGAAGGAGCUCAAGAGAGAGAAGAGGAGGAGGAGGAGGGAGCGGAGGCGAUUGAAGAAGGGCAGCGGCGGUGACGUCGUCCCCGCCGCUGCCGUCCUUGGCGGUGCCGAUGGCGCCGGUGGCGGUGCCGGUGGUGCCGGUGGUGCCGGUGGUGGUGGUGGCGACGAUGGCGACGUGCUGCCUGGACCCAGCCUCAACGAGCAGUCACUGCCAGACCCUCCCACGGGGCCACGCGUCUCCGUGAGGCCUCUGACCCAGGCCCAGUACCAGAAGCUGCAGAACCACGUGCGGAGAGAGACCGACCCCACCACCGGACGCACACGGGUGGUGAGAGGAGACGGGGAGAUUCUGGAGGAGAUUGUGAGCAGAAAGAAACACCACGACAUUCAUAAGAUGGCUACGAAGAGGGAUGGAGAGGCUUUCCAGGCUAAACAGGGGCUCAGCAGGCGGUGAUGAAGACACGGGGAGACACGGGGAGACACCCACUCACUCACUCACCCACUCACCAACCCACUCACACACUGACCCACUCACCCAUUCACCGACCCACUCACCAACUCACCGACCCACUCACCAA